AUGCUACCUCCCUCGAGUGCCAGCCCGACAGCGGACGUGCUGGGGUCCGCGUCUGGAUUCCUCGACGUGGAGUCUGCGGCUGGCGCCCUCCGCGCCGCCACCGGGCGCCCGGCUGCGCUGCAGCCCUGGAAGUCCUUCUUUGUCGCCCGGGCGCCCGAGAACGCGCAGGAAGCCCAGGGCAGACUCAAGAAGAACAUCGUGCACUUUCAGGCCAACUAUCUCGUGAUCGUUGCCGUUCUCUUGGGCUUGCUGCUUCUCAGCGACUGGGUGGCUGCCAUUGCAGCGCUGCUGGUGGCCGGCGCAUGGUUCUUCUCACAGCGCUACAGCGCGGAGGCAUCCCCUUCAAAGUUGGCACUGAUGGCCGGCGGGUCAUUCAUGUUCUUGUACUUGGUCGCGGGCACGGCGCUUCUCAACCUUGCCGCGGUCGCGGCGCUCGUGGUUGUCGCUCAUGCCGUUCUCCAUCCGGGCUCCGCGGAGGUUGGCAACUUCGAUGCCAUCGACCAGGACGAGCUGUGA